UCGGCCCCGCCAUGGGCGGCUGCGUGGGGCGGCAGCGCCGGGAGCGGCCCGCCGCCGGCGGCAACACCCGCAAGCGAGCAGGCCGCAAUGAGCCCCUGAAGAAGGAGUGUCCCAAGUGGAAGAGUGACUACCCCAUGACAGACGGGCAGCUGCGCAGCAAGCGGGAUGAGUUUUGGGACACAGCACCAGCCUUUGAAGGCCGCAAGGAGAUCUGGGAUGCCCUGAAGGCGGCUGCCUAUGCUGUAGAAGCCAAUGACCACAGCCUGGCCCAGGCCAUCCUCGAUGGAGCCAGCAUCACCCUGCCCCAUGGGUCCCUGACGGAGUGCUAUGAUGAGCUGGGCAACCGGUACCAGCUGCCCGUCUACUGCCUGGCACCCCCGGUCAACCUGAUCCUGGAGCGGAGCGAGGAGGAGGCGGUGGAGCCGGCCGAGCCGCCGCCCCACGCCCGGCGGGAGUUCACGCUCAAGGUGCGCCUCUCCACCGGCAAGGACCUGCGCCUCAGCGCCAGCAUGAGCGACACCAUUGGGCAGCUGAAGAAGCAGCUGCAGGCACAGGAGGGCAUUGACCUGGCCUGGCAGCGCUGGUUCUUCUCAGGCAAGCUGCUCACCGACCGCACGCGACUGCAGGAGACCAAGAUCCAGAAGGAUUUUGUUGUGCAAGUGAUUGUCAACCAGCCCCUUCCACCCAGGAACUGAGCCACCCCCUGCUGAUUGAGGGGAGAGGGCAGGGGGCUGGGGGAUGUGGUACCUCUGGGGGUUCCCUGUGC